AUGGCGAGCGACGACGAUUUCGAGAUCGAGGUCCCCGAACUGUCCGCCGACGAUCCCAUGAGGGCGUUCCUGCCCACCGCCUUUGGGAAGCAAACUAGAGAAGCCAAUAUUGCCGCCCAAAUUGACCGCAGCAAGCGCGUUGUGGACGAAGGACCAGCUUCCCAGGCGGCGACCCAAGGCAGUGGAAUCCAAAUAAACGAGUCCGGCGCCAAAUUAGGCUCGAGCUCGAGCGAUGAUUCCGAUUCUUCUGAUGGCGGCGACGACGACGAGGAGUUCCCCGUGUCGCAUGAGCUGGUAUUGAAAACGCAAACUCGGGCAGUGACCACAGUCUCCCUGGACCCCGCUGGAGGAAGAUUAGCUACUGCCUCGCUCGACUGCAACAUUAAUCUCCAUGAUUUUGCAUCCAUGACGCCGACAACGCUGCGCGCGUUCAGGACUGUCGAUGCGUACGAGUCGAAGCGCUCGGCGGCGUCAUCGGAGUCGCACCCCGUUCACCAUGUUGAAUUCAACCCGCUCUCUGGCAGUGUCUUCCUAUGCGUGUCGGCCCAUCCGCAAGCCAAGAUUUUGUCGCGCGACGGCGACAUCUUGACCGAGUUCGUCAAGGGCGACAUGUAUCUCCGGGAUAUGCACAAUACGAAAGGUCAUAUUUCGGAGAUAACCACAGGCACGUGGCAUCCGACAGAUAGGAACAUCUGUGUCACAGCUGGUACAGACAGCACCCUGCGGGUCUGGGAUGUCAACAACAAGCGUUCGCAGAAGGAGGUCGUUGUGUUUAAGUCCAAGGCUGCUGGAUCAGCCGGCCGCACUAAGAUGACUGCCGUUGCUUGGGGUGGAGCGGCAUCAGGAGGAAGCAAUGUUCUGGUCACGGCCGCCCUAGACGGAACAUUGAUCUUGUACGGCGGCAACGGCCCAUUUUCGAGGCCGGCAGGCGAGAUCCGCGACGCACAUAAGCCUCAGACUUGGACUGGCGGCAUCGAUGUUUCCUCUGACGGUCGCAUGGUUGUCACGAGAGGCGGAGACGACCUGAUCAAGCUCUGGGACACGCGAAAGUUCACCAAACCGCUGGUGACUGUUUCGCACCAUUCAACUUCCGACCACUAUCCGACAAGCAACAUUCGCUACGCGCCCAACUCGACUAGUAUCAUCACUGGGUCAGCGACGGGUCACCUCCACAUCCUCAACCCGGGCAACCUUCGCGCCGAACAUGUCACUCCAAUCACACCGGGCUCCGCUCUAAUAGCUGUCAAUUGGCACCCAAAAAUCAACCAGAUCAUUACAGGUUCCGCCAAUGCCGAGACCCAUGUCCUCUAUAGUCCGACUUUGUCGAGUCGAGGAGCGGUUGAAGUCAUGUCUAGGGCGCCGAAGAAGCGCCACAUCGACGACAACCCAGAGUUCACGAUGGACCAGUCUGUUGGCAUCUCAGGAGACACCAUUGUAACCCCUGGCAACCUGGCAGGGUCGCGAAAGGCUGGGGUUACGGGCACAGGGCGCUCCAAGGAUCCAAGGCGGCCACACGUCCCACAACAAACACCAUUUCAGAAAUCACAACCGGACGAAAAGCAUGUAGCCGAGAAUAUUCCUCUCGCGCGAAUGCUGCACGAGGACCCUCGCGAGGCGCUGCUCAAAUACGCGGACAAGGCUCAGAAUGACCCGAUGUUCACCAAGGCCUGGAGCAGAACGCAGCCGCAAACGCAGUACGCGGAGCUCAGUGAUGACGACGAAGAGCCAGAUAAGAAGAAAGUGAAGAGAUAA